AUGGCACAAGGAGUUAGAAGUUUAGCCAUGUUUAUGGACUUACAUAAUGAUGUCUCUAAACAAACUGCCACAUUCUGCAAGUGUGUGCCAAAACAACCAACAGGGGACUGUCGCUGUGGAGAAGAUGACAAACAUUUUGAGUGGGUAUGGGAUCAUAUACAACGUGGAGAGGCAACAAGCCUGCAGGAGCAAGGCUCCCAUGUCACAUUUCAUAAAGACUUCAGCUGUGGAACAACGGCCAUCCGGGGUCUACAGGCCAUGGACAGGGACCAGCAUUUCUGGGAGAUCAAGAUGACCACACCAGUUUACGGUACAGACAUGAUGAUUGGAGUUGGGACUGACAACGUGGAACUCAACAAAUUCCACAACACAUUCUGCAGCAUGUUGGGAAGUGAUGUGAACAGCUGGGGAAUAUCUUACGAUGGACACAUCCAGCACGCGGGCAAGAAACAGAAGUACUGUGGCAAGUUUGGCCAGGGCACAAUCAUCGGUGUUCACCUGGACAUGUGGCAUGGCACCAUGACCUACUUUAAAGACAGAGAAUGCUUAGGUGUUGCCUUCAAGGGUCUCAGAGGCAGGACCUUGUACCCCAUGGCAAGCUCCACAGCAGCCAGAAGUGGCAUGAGGGUGAUCUCAGCACGUUCUUUUCCCAGUUCUCUCCAGUUCAUGUGCUGCCAGAAACUGAGGCAAGUGACCCCAGGUCAUCUUAGAAUGCUAGAUGUUCUUCCCAUGCCGCCAGGACUAAGGUUGUUUCUGGCCAAUAACAUGGCUUGGUUUUUGCAUAUACCCCCUUUGGAGUCCCUAAAACGAAUUUCCCGCUACACCUGUCAUAUAUGCAAGCCUUUGACAAGCAUCCUGGAGAAUACCUGUACACACUCUAAAGAUCGGGGUUAUGGUGAAAGGAUCAGCUCAGCUUGGGAUUUCUUCAGCGACAUAGACACAGAAGAUAAAGUGAUCCCUGGUCUGAGUACCGAAUCUGCUGACAGAUCACUGCAGCAUGAAACUCCUUCCAUCUGCUGCAGAAUGAGAAGCUCAUCUAGCCAUUCUGAAGCUUCAUCUUCAUCUUCUUCUUCAGGGUCUAAUCCUGGCUGGGCACCAGCUACUACCAGGAAAAGGAAACUUUAUGAGGACACACAUGAUGAAGAUAAGGUUUCAGAGGAAGACAGUAUAGAUGAAAAUAUUAACGUGGAUGUAGAAGAGGUGAUGGAAGACAGAAAAGAAACUAAAAAUUCUUAUUAUCUAGUGAAAAGGCAAAAGUUUGAGGUUAUGUAA